AGAAUGCCGGGGGAUGAAGGCGGGAGCUGAGGGCUGGAGAGUCUCUGUUGACAUAGUAACUCUUCAGCUGUCUCCCUUGCUCUCCGCUCUUACGCUUCGCUACCACCAGCGGCCCCGCCUGUGCCCUCUCUGCCCGGGAGUCCCGGACGCAUCCUCGCCGGGUCUCCUUGGCCUGACCCGCUCGGGUCAAGGUCCCCUUUGCACCCCCUUAAGUGGUGAUUUCUCCCCGGGCCAGUGGGCGAGCCACUUGAGGCGGGCGGCUGCACCCCCUGCCUCUUCGCCGUUCCCUGGGCACCGGUCUGCCCAGGACCAGUUCAGCCGCUGACGCGCGCCCUCGGCACCGGGUGCCCGCUGGGACUGCCCACUCGGCUCCCCCGGGAGCGGGACCCAGGCCAGUCGGGCGUUCCCGCCAUGAGCCAGAGCCCGGCGUUCGGUCCCCGGAGGGGCGGUUCUCCCCGGGGCGCUGUCGGAGCCAGUGCGCGGCGCAACGAGAGCCAGGACUAUCUGCUCAUGGACUCGGAGCUGGGAGACGACGGCUGCCCGCAAGCCCCGCUGCCUUGCUACGGCUACUACCCCUGCUUCCGGGGAUCUGACAACAGACUGGCUCACCGGCGGCAGACGGUUCUCCGUGAGAAGGGGAGAAGGUUAGCUAAUCGAGGACCAGCAUACAUGUUUAGUGAUCGCUCAACAAGCCUAUCUAUAGAGGAGGAACGCUUUUUGGAUGCAGCUGAAUAUGGUAACGUCCCAGUGGUGCGGAAGAUGUUAGAAGAAUGCCACUCACUCAACGUUAACUGUGUGGAUUACAUGGGUCAGAAUGCCCUACAGUUGGCAGUGGCCAAUGAGCAUCUGGAAAUUACAGAACUUCUUCUCAAGAAAGAAAACCUCUCUCGAGUUGGGGAUGCUUUGCUUCUAGCUAUUAGUAAAGGUUAUGUUCGGAUUGUGGAAGCAAUUCUCAGUCAUCCAGCUUUUGCUGAAGGCAAGAGGUUAGCAACCAGCCCUAGCCAGUCUGAACUCCAGCAAGAUGAUUUUUAUGCCUAUGAUGAAGAUGGGACACGGUUCUCCCAUGAUGUGACUCCAAUCAUUCUGGCUGCCCACUGCCAGGAAUAUGAAAUUGUGCACACCCUCCUGCGGAAGGGUGCUAGGAUUGAACGGCCUCAUGAUUAUUUCUGCAAGUGCAAUGACUGCAACCAGAAACAGAAGCAUGACUCGUUUAGCCACUCCAGAUCUAGGAUUAAUGCCUAUAAAGGCCUGGCAAGUCCGGCUUACCUGUCAUUGUCUAGUGAAGAUCCAGUCAUGACGGCUUUAGAACUCAGCAAUGAACUGGCAGUGCUGGCCAAUAUUGAGAAAGAGUUCAAGAAUGACUACAAAAAACUGUCAAUGCAGUGCAAAGACUUUGUUGUCGGACUCCUUGAUUUGUGCAGAAACACUGAAGAAGUCGAGGCCAUUCUGAAUGGGGAUGUUGAAACGCUCCAGAGUGGUGAUCACGGUCGCCCAAAUCUCAGCCGUUUAAAACUUGCCAUUAAAUAUGAAGUAAAAAAAUUUGUAGCUCAUCCAAACUGCCAACAGCAACUUCUCUCCAUUUGGUAUGAGAAUCUUUCUGGUUUACGACAGCAGACAAUGGCGGUCAAGUUCCUUGUGGUCCUUGCUGUUGCCAUUGGACUGCCCUUCCUGGCUCUCAUUUACUGGUUUGCUCCAUGCAGCAAGAUGGGGAAGAUAAUGCGUGGACCAUUCAUGAAGUUUGUAGCACACGCAGCCUCCUUCACCAUUUUUCUGGGACUGCUUGUCAUGAAUGCAGCUGACAGAUUUGAAGGCACAAAACUCCUUCCUAAUGAAACCAGCACAGAUAAUGCAAAACAGCUGUUCAGGAUGAAAACAUCCUGCUUCUCAUGGAUGGAGAUGCUCAUUAUAUCCUGGGUAAUAGGCAUGAUAUGGGCUGAAUGUAAAGAAAUUUGGACUCAAGGCCCCAAGGAAUAUUUGUUUGAGUUGUGGAAUAUGCUUGAUUUUGGUAUGUUAGCAAUUUUUGCAGCAUCAUUCAUUGCGAGAUUCAUGGCAUUUUGGCAUGCUUCCAAAGCCCAGAGCAUCAUUGAUGCAAAUGACACUUUGAAGGACUUGACGAAAGUAACAUUGGGAGACAACGUGAAAUACUACAAUUUGGCCAGGAUCAAGUGGGACCCCUCUGAUCCUCAAAUAAUAUCUGAAGGUCUUUAUGCAAUUGCUGUAGUUUUAAGUUUCUCUAGGAUAGCUUAUAUUUUGCCAGCAAAUGAAAGCUUUGGACCUCUGCAGAUAUCACUUGGAAGAACAGUCAAAGACAUCUUCAAGUUCAUGGUCAUAUUCAUUAUGGUGUUUGUGGCCUUUAUGAUUGGAAUGUUCAACCUCUACUCCUACUAUAUUGGUGCAAAACAAAAUGAAGCCUUCACAACAGUUGAAGAGAGUUUUAAGACACUGUUCUGGGCUAUAUUUGGACUUUCUGAAGUGAAAUCAGUGGUCAUCAACUAUAACCACAAAUUCAUUGAAAACAUUGGUUACGUUCUUUAUGGAGUCUAUAAUGUUACAAUGGUCAUUGUUUUGCUAAAUAUGUUAAUUGCCAUGAUCAACAGUUCAUUCCAGGAAAUUGAGGAUGACGCCGAUGUGGAGUGGAAAUUUGCAAGAGCCAAACUCUGGUUCUCCUACUUUGAGGAGGGGAGAACACUUCCCGUACCUUUCAAUCUGGUGCCAAGUCCAAAGUCCCUGUUUUAUCUCUUACUGAAGCUUAAAAAAUGGAUUUCUGAGCUGUUCCAGGGUCAUAAAAAAGGUUUCCAGGAAGAUGCAGAGAUGAACAAGAUAAAUGAAGAAAAGAAACUUGGAAUUUUAGGAAGUCAUGAAGACCUUUCAAAAUUAUCACUUGACAAAAAACAGAAGAAGCCUACCACCCCUGUUCUCAUGAUGAUGGUUAUGAUGAAGAGAAUACAUAGGAAACACAGAAUUAAGUUCAAAUAUUUUGUUGGGUACAAUAAGCAACCAAGUGUAAGGAGCUCAGAAGAUUUCCGUUUCAAUAGUUUCAAUAAUCCUCCAAGACAGUAUCAGAAAAUAAUGAAAAGGCUCAUUAAAAGAUAUGUACUGCAGGCCCAGAUAGAUAAGGAGAGUGACGAAGUGAACGAAGGGGAACUGAAGGAAAUUAAGCAGGACAUCUCGAGUCUCCGCUAUGAACUCCUUGAAGAAAAAUCCCAGAAUACAGAAGACCUAGCGGAACUUAUUAGAGAACUUGGAGAGAAAUUAUCCAUGGAACCAAAUCAAGAGGAAACCAAUAGAUAAUGCAAAGACUUCCUUAAAUAGAUAAUGCAAAGACUUCCUUAGAAAUUCAUAUUUAUUUGUCCACUUGAAGCCAUAUUAUUUUCUGAUUUAUUUUCUUAAGUGCCAAUGUGCCCACCUUUUAAACAAGAAGAAGUUAAAUGAUACCUUGGGCCAUCCUAUCUUCUGGAACCCUAGCAUCUAAUUUUUUUGGUGAUUAAACUCCACUGUUCAGGGUAAAGGCUGUAGAUUAUGAUGAAAAUUAUGUCCAGUUGUUUGGUGCUUGUUUUAUAAACUGCUUUCUUGGAUAUAACUGUUGUGAUGAUGUCAUUGCCAUGUAGUGUCUGCCUGAAAAUGGGUCCCAGCAGACAGGGGCUGACCUACGUUAUUCCCCAUGCAGUUUUUCCUCUGAAGGUUAUUUCAGGUUCCUUUUCCCCUGCUCUGUGGAUCCCCUGCUGGGGACUCCCAGCUCUGAAAUUUUGGAAAGAGUCAUCCAUGGGCCUUUAGAAUGCUUUAGUCCUUUCUUUAGAAUGCUGUUUAACCACCAUUUACCCUACUUACCCCUCAAAGCACAUGACUGAUACUGUUCAUACAAAAUGGGCUUAUAUCUAUGUAAAAUUUCCUGAUUCAUCUAUUUGAAAACAUUACACUUAACAAUGAAAAAAGUUUUUCCUCCACUGAACCCUGGAAACAUGAUCCAGUUGUGUGUGUGUGUACACACACACAUACAUACAUAAAUAUGUGUGUAUACAUAUAAAUGUGUACACACAUACAUAAAGUAAUUGCCCUAUUUAUUUUGUGGCUAAUGUGGGCACACAAAAGCUCUUUAUGUUAUAAAUUUUUAUUGUGACUAAAAAAUUACUGUCUAAAUAAGUACGUUUUAUUGGAGAAAAAUCAAAACCCCAAACAUUGUGGUUAUUUGGUUCCAUUAUAGCACAAUUUUGUGCCAUUUCUGGGGGCAUUUACAGAUGAAUUCCCACACUUAGCCAUUGAAUGUAAAGGGGAAAAAUAAAGUGGGAAUUUGUAAAUACUUAUCUGUUAUUUUCAAUAUGUUCUAUCCUACCCAAAUAUAUAAAACAGGAAUUUACAUUCAUGUGCAUUUAUCAAGAGGUGGUUGUUGUUAUUUACUGAUCAUGUGAAGUGGUGUCUUAAACAACUAAAAGAGAUGAAGGUUCGUAUGUUUACUCAGAGACCAUUGGCAUUCAGAGGAUGAUGGACAUAAACUGGAAAUGCUACUACCAAUUCAAUAACAGGAGAUUUCAAAUGCAGAUCUUUAACUUCAUCUUAAAGAUGAAAUGGUCGCAGAAAAUCUGUUUUAGCUCCGACUUUGGCUUAAUUUAAAUCAAAGAAUAGUUAUGUAAGCAGAUCAGAAAAUACGGCUGAAAAUUUAUAUCCAGUGAUUUUGUAUUUGUGGAUGUUACUUAUGGAAAAGUUACUUGGUGAUACAUAAAGAUCAAUUUUCAAAUA